GAUUUAUGUUUUCAUCCUAAUGGUGAUGUGUUUAUUGUUCAAUCGGUAGCGGGCUAUUGGCAAUCUAACUUUAACAAUUUCAAAGAAGAAAUUUGGGAAGAUGAUUUUGUCAUUGAAGGUGAAAAUGAUGUCGAUGUUACUGAUAUUAGAAUAAGCUUUUCAACAGAAGUAUUCAUUCAGUUUCUUGUACUAGCCGUGGGAGUAGAUAACAUUUUUAUUCUUAACCAUGAAUUCGAGAGAUUGACUUUAAGAUCAGGUGGUGAUGAGUCUGUUGAAGAGCGUAUCGCAAAGACUUUAGGUCGAAUGGGACCAAAUGUUAAACGACAAGAGGAUGAUAGGAUGGAUUGUUUUCCGUGUAUUAAGAUUGAAAAUACACCAGAAACGAUUGAUAGAGAAG